CCACAAUGUUCAUUCACUGCAAAUCAGCUAAUUAUUAAACUUGGCCCAAAUCCAGCUAUAAAUUCAAAUACCCAGCUACAACUGGCCAAAGAUUGCCAAAUUUACCGAGCAAAUUCUGAUAAUAAAUUGUGCGUAUCUGCUACUGGAGAUAUUCAGUUAAACACACCGACAAUACAGGCAGCCAGACCCAGUUAUCGUGUUUCAGCCCCCAGCAUUGUAUGCCAUGAAGGAACAACAAAGGCUUCUAGUUCAGCAACAAGCAAUUAUGUACCAUCUUUUGUUAGAUUGGUGCCUUCCAAUGGACAAGAUUUGCGAUAUAAUUGGGAAGUGACUGUACCUAACAUGUCACAAAUCCCAAAUAGGGGCCAAGCAGAAAAUCUACGUUUCCGACCGGGAAUGGAAUAUGAAUUAUCUGUGGUGGGUACAAAUAUUUUAGGAAUGAAAGGAGAGAAGAAAACAUUUUCUGUGCAUAUUGAUGACACAAAUAACAGUGUUGAUGUGCUAUUACUUGGUCCAGAUAUUGUAUUUAUUGAUGCAGACUAUUAUGUGGAUGCAAAAGUUUUUACCUGCAAUGAAACAUUACUAACAAAUGAUUUA